GUAUCUCAUCUACUGGUUUCAUUUCUAUGGUGUCACAUGUUAGUUAGCUGAUUUGUAAACAGAAGUGGUUUGAAUUAUUAUUUUUACAUUGUUCUAUCGUAAAAAAAAAUGUCGCUUACUUUGUCUAUUUUAGUGCUGACUUUCUGCGUACAGGUGUGGUCCAAGGUUUGCCCUUGUGAACGAAAAGAACUCUGUCAACCUAUUAGUUCCCAGCCGGCGUUUGAGGUUUUUGUGUUUGAUGUUGGGGAAAAGGCGUGGAAAUUUUAUGACUGGACCAAAGUGACAACCAUUGCUGCUUUUGGACAAUAUGAUGCUGAACUCAUGUGUUAUGCUCACUCUAAAGGAGUUCGAUUGGUCCUGAAAGGAGAUGUACGACUCCCAGAAAUUGUGGACCCAGUAAACAGGACCGCUUGGAUCCAGGGAAACGUUAAACUGGCAAAGAGUCAGUUCAUGGAUGGAAUAAACAUAGACAUUGAGCAGGCAGUGGAGACCGGUUCCCCUGAAUACUAUGCUUUGACAGACCUUGUCAAAGAAACCACUGAGAGUUUUCACACAGAGAUCCCAGGCUCUCAGGUAUCGUUUGAUGUGGCUUGGUCACCCAAAUGCAUCGAUAAGCGUUGCUAUGACUACAUCACCAUUGCUGAUUCGUGAGAUCUUUUGUUUGUUAUGUCAUAUGAUGAGCAAAGCCAGAUCUGGGGUGAUUGCAUUGCAAUGGCAAAUGCCCCCUAUGACCAGACAUUAACAGCUUAUGAUCAGUACAUCAGCAUGAACAUAGAUCCAAAGAAACUUGUGAUGGGCGUUCCAUGGUACGGCUAUGACUACAGCUGCCUAAACUUCUCAAAAGAUGGAGUAUGUACUAUUCCAAAAGUGCCUUUUAGAGGGGCUCCGUGCAGUGAUGCAUCCGGCAGACAAAUUCCCUACAGCAUCAUGAUGAAACAGAUCAACAGCUCAAUAUCAGGACGACUGUGGGAUGAGAAACAGCGAGCUCCAUAUUAUAACUAUAAGGACACAGAAGGAAUGGUCCAUCAGGUGUGGUACGAUGACCCAGAAAGCAUUGCUCUGAAAGCUGCCUAUGUAAUGCAACAUGGUUUGAAAGGAAUUGGAAUGUGGAACGGAAAUCUCUUGGAUUACAAUGGCGAUCCAAUUGCCCAAAAACAGACUGUGGACAUGUGGAAUGCUCUUAUACCCAAUUAACACAUGCUGACUACUGCCAUCUAGGUUUUGCCAUCUAAAACCUUGUCUUAAUUGAACUUUAACAUUAGCAUAUUUCAUAAUCAUUCCAUGAUUGCAAAUCAUUCAGAUAAUGUUGCUAGUUCAACAAUUGAUGAUUUUUAAUGUUGUUGUUGUUCUAGACAAAAGUUAUGUGGCUAAUUUCCUUGAUUAUCUUGGAAGUGUUUUUUAUACAAAAUAUAAAAAUAAUGAUUUUAUCGGGGUUGUAUCUAUAUGGGGUCACCAUAGAGGAAUGAACUACUAUACUAUAUAUAAGCCAAAGGAAAAUGAAUGAAUGAUUUUAUGCUGUCAGCAAGGGACGCAUGUCAUUUUUUAAUCAUCCUCUCUCAUAAAUCAUCUUAACCUGCAA